GUACCUAGAGGCUGACCGGAUCAUACAAUUAGCUAAUCGGAUCAGCGAUCUCUACAUCUGGAUACUUGUCGCCAUUGGACUCCCCGGAAACAUCUUCACCAUCAUUACCGUAGCAGCAAUGAAGAUCAUCUGUCCUGCCAAAUUUCUCAUCUCCCUGCUGGCCGCACUAGACACUGUUUCCCUGAUCUGUAAACUCACUGGUCACCAAAUGGUCAGGAAUGCAGUCUACAUUGGACCCGUGGGGUGUAAGUUCGAGUUUAUAAUCCCGUACACAGCAACGCUAGCCAACUGGGUUCUAGUCCUCAUCUGUGCUGAAAGAUUUGUUACAGUGUGUUUUAAAGAGAGGAAGACUUUGAUCUUCUCACUCAGAAACUGCCACAUCAUGGUUGUCGUCCUGUCAGCUUUUCUCCUUCUGAUCUUUGCCUGCAUCUCUAUGCCAAUGAGAUCAGCAAAUUUCUCAGGCUUCUUCUGUGGGACUUACAAUAAAUACGUGUGGUUCUGGAUCCACGUCUGGUACUGGAUAAACUCAUGUCUCUACCUGUUCCUGCCCUCAAUGUUUAUUGUCCCGAUGACAGCGCUUAUGCUCCACAGGCUUCGUGUGUCAAACAGGAAUGGCAUUCUGCAGCAGAAUGACGACAUUGGAAGUGAGAGCCAAGCCCCGGUGGCUGGGAAGUCCGACCUUACAGAGGAAGAGCUGGAGAAUAAUGAAAGGAUGUUUACUCUGAUGGUUUUUCUAGCUGCAGUCUUUUUCGUCAUUUUAUGUCUGCCAGCGUGCAUCUUUUAUUUAUCUUACCGCCAUCAUGACGAUGUUCUCACCCAUGCUCAGUGGGCCUUAUAUGAGCAAUUUCAGUUCUUCCUGGCCGACUCCACCCACGCUAUCAAUUUCUUCUUGUACUUUCUGUCUGCCCGGCAGUUCCAGGCCAAGGCUUUGGACAUCCUCUUGUGCAAACCUUGCAGGAAACACAGCUAUUCUCCCGGACACAGGCUCGACUAG